CCCAAAUACUCUGAUAUUUGCAUCAAAAUUGUCAAAAUUCUUUCUUUCUGAAAAAAAGCAUUGAAAACAGAUACUAGAAGAUACUAGAGUUUGUCAACAUCUUCACUGGGCUUUUUUUUUUAAUGCGGCAAAUAGAAUUUGUAAAGUUGACGAUUUUCGUUCCUUCCUGCUGUGUGCUUUUUUUGUUUGGAUGAGUAUGAAAGAAGGUUCUGAACUAUGUUCAGAGCCACUUGGGGUGUUCCUCUCCUUCUAAUCCAUGGGAAAUAGGUGUGCCCAGCUAGCAAAAGAGGAGUAAGAAAGAAGUGGAAUGGAAUUUCUGGCACUAUGAACAAUUUUUCAUUCCUAGGGUGUCAUAAACUAAGGCUAUUAUACCCUCUAUAAGGUAACAGAUUUUGAAAAAUUACGUGAAACCUGUUAUUUCAUGUAAUAAAGUUGAAAAUACAGCCUGUCUGAAAAUUAGUUGUUUUGCUGCCCCUGAAUUUGCUCAAUCAUUUUGUGGCUUCAUUUAGAAAGAUGCCCUAAUCUUUUAUCUUGUCAGUGAUGCAUCUAUAUUUGGGUGAUUUUCUAGGCUGUUGACAUAUUUGAUGCUAUAAUUUAAAAAUUCAUAGUAUUGAUUACUGCUUUAGUUGGGAAAUAAGACAGCAUCUCAGAAAGCAGGAAUUUAAAGAUAUGCUGUACCCUACAGAUAGCAGUCGAUAGCUUUUUUCCCCACACUUAGCCUGUCAUUUCUGUUGUUCAUGUAGUUUGCUAGGUAGUUAACGGUACUUCAUACAAGUUGUGUUUCUGCUCUUUUGGGUUUCCUAUUCAUAAACAACAAUCUCCAGGGGAUAAAAGAAGGCUCUUCCUCUUUAAGUAGCAGACAGAAAAUACAGUUUUUUUUUGGGGGGAGGGGGGGUUUGAAUUUUCAUAUGUAAUUACUGCAGUCGUCUGUAGGAGAAAGGACUCAUUAUGGUUUUUCUCAGCUAUCUUUCUUAAAGACAUAUGCAGAUAGCCAGACAGCGCACAUGGCACUGACCUACUGUGGGGGACUCACAGUUUUGUGAGACUUAGGGAGCGUAUUGCCACUUCCGUCACUGAAUGCCAGUCCCAGAGCAGUUGCAUUAGGCUGGAGGACUGGAGGUGGAGCCUUUUUUGCUCACGGCAGCAAGUUCCCUUCUCUUUUCUCUCCCCCGGCGGCGCGUGCAUUGGCUCAUCGAGCUGCCUGUGCUGCUCCGUGGAGUGAAAAAGGCAGGGUGUGCUCGCAGACUGUGCUACAAACUGCAGUUUCUAUUUGGGGUGCUCACGGAGAAGAACACCAGGAAAGACAGACAGGACCAGUGCCAUGGGCCAGCUUUGCUGCUUUCCUUUCUCAAGAGAUGAAGGAAAAAUCAGUGAAAAGAACGGAGGGGAGCCUGAUGACGCUGAACUGGUAAGGCUCAGUAAGAGGCUGGUGGAGAACGCGGUGCUCAAGGCUGUCCAGCAGUAUCUGGAGGAGACACAGAAUAAAAACAAGCCGGGGGAGGGGAGCUCUGUGAAAACUGAAGCAGCUGAUCGGAAUGGCAAUGACAAUGAGAACAACAGGAAAUGAGGCCGGAGCACAGGCCCUCAAGUCUGUGUAAAGCAUCCUUGCUCCCCUCUGCUGAGUCUAGGGACUGACUUGCAGCGUGCUGUUUAAGUUUCUCUGGUUCAGUCUGUGGAGAUUGCCUAAUAUUUUCAUGAUCGAUGUGUUGGCGUUUCUGAAACACAACAAGAAAAACGGAGUGCUGGGACUGGCAAAGGAAAUUAAUUUAUGAAAGAAGAAUGGCCCAAGUUUCGCUCACCCUCAGCCAUGCACAAGGGAGAGAGAACUUUGGGUUAUGCCUCCUGGACACAAAUCACAGGCCGCGAAAGAGGCCUUGCCAUCAAUGGAAUACUGCCAUUUAUAUUGCUUAGCAGGGCAUUUGACCACUUUAUCUGAGGCCAGAACUCUCACACACAGCUAUCAAGUGCUAAGUUUAAAAUAAUCACUGUCAAAAUUGUCAUCUGUACAAUUAGUCCAUAAUGUUUCAUGUCUGUCCUAAGUGUGCUGUUACUAUGCAGUGAUGUUUAUUUAUAGUAAAUUAUGUUUCAUGUAAAUGAUAUAUUUUUGGUGAAAUGCAACCUUUUCUAUAAAAUGUGGGCAACAUUUUAAAGUUUUUUUUAAAAUCCUAUUUUGAUAAGUCAGUAUGCCAUAUUUAAUGAAAUGUAUUAUAUAAUUUUUUUUUCUUAGGCAAGAAACCUAUUGGAAUUCAAGAUUUAAUUAAUGAAGCUUUGCAUCGAGAAACGAUGGGCCUGAAGUCCAAAGUGAAACAGAUAAAGGAACUUUUAUUAAAGCCUGAGACUCAGGCCAAAAUUAGGAGGGAGCUUUUUGAAGGAAGACUUAUUAAUAACAGUAAUCCAGCAAAUGAUGUUAUUUUUGGCACAACUUUGACAUAAGCUCUACAUUGCAAUUGUGGCAACAUAGCCUCUGAAAUCUUUCUAGCUUACUAAGUAGCUCUUUGGUAAACACCAAAGAAGUUUCUGAUAGUGUCUGCACAACAGCAAACCAACAUUUGGUGAGGAAUUAGCAAUUUCUUGCCAAAGAAAACUGAUUCUGCCCUGUUAUUUUUUGAGCCAAACUUGUGUUUUAAGAAUGUCUGUUUCUGUGAUAUUGAGAGUUAUUUUAUAAAAAUGAUUUCUUAAUUAGCUGUUGUGAGAUAUUUCUCGGGUCCUUGCAGAAAAAAAAUACAGACUGUGAAGAAAUCAUUCACAGACAAAUAGAACAAAACAGAGCCAACGACAGUAUUUGAAGGGUCACUUGCCUCCUGUUGACAUGAUUGUUGCCAAAUCAAAAGAGGCAUUGUCCAGGUGUGUCUAUAUCUAGUGUUACUUUUAAUGAGAAUUUGAAUGUUUAUUGAACAAUAGUACUUGAAUGAACAUUUAUAAAUGUAAUUAUUGCGAUCACUGGCUAAGAAUGUUUUAUAUAUCCUUAUAAUAUUUUUCACUGAUCAAAAUGUAGUUUGUUUUUUCAUUUCUUAAGGAACUCAUGUUUGGGAUUUUUAUUUUUUACAUUUCUGAAGAUAAGCUCCAGGUCGUAUCAUAUCCCUUGUAAUCUGAAUGUGUUUGCACUGGUUUGGUUUUAAAGAGCAUUCUGGAAAAACUUUCCCUGGUGUGAUGAUUGUUGGUAACAGCUUUUUCUAUAGUCAUUGCAAAAUGGCUGCUACCAAUAGAUCAUGAUGGAGGGGAAAUCACUGGAGAUCAAAUAUGUAAAAUCAUUUCAAAUAUAAAAUCCAGUUUACUCAUGGAUUUUAGCUAUUUUUUCACUGAGUAAAUUAUACUACAUUUAUUUACAAAUGAGUUUAUGCAUUUUCAUGGCUCUUAAUAAACAUAUUGUUUUCCCUUGC